AUGUUUAAAUUUUUAUAUGAUAUAGAAUUAGCAAAAAAUAAAAUUUUUAAUCAAUUAAAUAUUGAAUUAAUAAAUCAAAACAAAAAAAAUGGUUCAUUUUUUUUAGAAGAAAAACGAAAUAUGAACUGUGAUUUAGUAUCAGACACAGAUAUAAUUUAUGAGAAAAAUGAAUUAAGAAAUAAUGAAAAUAAAAAAAAAGUAGAAAAUGAAAAAUAUAAUAACAUAUGUGACCUUAAAAAAAGUUACAAUUCAGAAUUAACUUCAUUAAAUCCUAUUAAAAAUAAUGAAAAUAUCUUAAUUAAAUGUAACGAGACAAUGUGUAAUUCAAUAUUAAAUGAACAUAAUAUAAAUAUAAAAGAAAAUUAUAAAUCUAUUAAAGAAGAAAAAGAAGGUAGUAUUUCAUCAAAUAUAAAAAAUAACAAUACUACCAAUAAAAAUAAUAAAAACGAAAUGAUGAAAAAUAUUUUAAAGAAAGAAAAAGCGAAUGAUAAUAUGUUUUUUUCAAGUGAAAACGCUAAAGAAGAAAAUAACGAUCAGUUGAUUCUUUUUUGUUCACAACAGGAAUAUGAAAAAGGAGAUGAAAAAGAAGAUGAAACAAAAAUAAUAGCUCAAGAAAAUAAAAUUUUUGAAAAUCUUAAAAAACAGAAAGAGAAUAUUGAUAUUAAAGACAAUGAAAAAGUAAAAAUAGAAGAAAUAAACGAAAACAUAAAAAAGGGACUUAAUUGCAAUAAAAAAGAAAAUAGUUUUAACAAGGAAGAUGAAGAUUAUAUUGAUGAUAAUAACGGUAAUAAUGAAAAUGAAAAUAAUAAAAAUAAUUUAAUAAGUAAUAAUGAAAAAAAAAAUUGCAUUAGCAGUAAUAACAUGAAGAAAAAUAAAAUUAGUGAUAUUAAUAGAAAUAAUAAUAAUGGUAGUUUAGAAACAAGAGGUAUGAAAGAAAAUAAAAAUUAUUCUGUUUUCCCAGAAAAUUAUGAAAUUAAUAAUAAAAAUAAUCAAGUUGACAUAAUGUUAAAUAUAAAAAAUGAAGAUUUAAUUGAGCAAACAAAUAAUGAUUAUGAAAAUUUAACAAAUAAAAGCAUAACAACAAAAAAAAAAAAGGAAAUUGAAAAAAAUAAGAUUUCUAACAAUUAUGAAAAAGCUGUAACAUUAAAUAAAAAAUUAAAUAAAGUAAAAAUAAAUAAAGAUGAAAAUAAGAAUUCUUUAAGUAAAAAUGAAGAUAUUAUUUCAAAUGACGAUAAUAAAAAUUGUGAUAUAUUAUAUUAUAACUGUGAUUUAAAAAAUGAUGAAAAACAGCAGUUAAGAAAAAAAGACAUUUCAAUAGAAACUGAUUUCUUUUUAAAAAAAAAUGAUUUAAAUAGGUUUGAGGAUGAGAUAAUUAAAAAUAUAAAUCAUAAUUUGGUUAAUGAAGAAUAUAGUACCAUUAUAGAAAAUAUAAUAUCAUUAAAAAAACAGCAUGAUAAUAGAAAUGAUAAUAACAUAGAUUCCUUUAAAUUAUGUAUUCAGAAACUAUUUAAAUUAUUUAUUGGUGAUAUAAAUGAUUUAUUUAAUAAUAUAAUAUAUUGUAAUAAUGAUUUAGAUAAUAUGAAAUACAUUAAUGAUCUCAAAAAGAAGUAUGUAAAUGAAAUAACUGAUUUAAAAAAAAAAGAAAAAAUGUUAUCUGAUAUAAAUGAAAGACAAACCAAUCAAUUAUUACAAUUGUCAGGUCAAAUUUCUCAUAUAAAAAAUGAUUCAGAAAAUUAUGAUAACAAUUACUUAAAUGAAAAAUUUGAAAAUCUGGAAAUUGAAAUAAAAAAAUUAAAAGAUGAAAAACAAAAAUUACAUAAUUUAUUACAAGAUAAAAUGAUAUAUAUGAAAAAAAACUUUGAGUUAAAGUGUUAUAUAAAAAGCUUAGAAUCUUCAAUAAAUAAAAAAUCUUUAUUAUGUGUAUCACUAAAAAAUGAAAAAAAAGUUCUUACAGAAAAAUUAAAGAAGUAUUAUGAAUACUUCCAACUAACAAAAGAAGAUCUAAAUAUUUAUAAAAGAACUUUUUAUGAUAUUAAAAAAGAUGAGAAAAAAAUAAAAGAGAAAUAUACAUCGUUUCUGAGAAAUUAUAUGAAUAAGCGCAUUUUUAAAUAUAGCAAGGAGAAAAAAAAAAUAAAAAAAUUUUUUAAACAAAAAAAGGUUAAACUAAAAUACAUACGACUAUUAAACAAGAAGAAUGAAAAACUUACAUUAAAUAAUGAUGAAGCAUUUUCUAAAAAUAGUAAUAAGAAAGUUUCUGAUAAUGAUAAUAGUAAAAAUUUAUAUAACAAUGAUAAUAAUAAAAAAAUUAUUAAUAGUAAUAAUAAAAUUUUAUUAAAGGAUGACAAAAUGUUAAUAAGAAAUGAUAAAAAGUUAAGCAUUGAAAACAAUUUAUUAUUUAAUAAUUAUGGACUUUCAAUAAAAAAUGAUUAUUUAUCAUCAUUAGAUAAAAGAAACGAAAUGAAUAAAAAUUUAAUAAUUAAUAAAGAAAAUGAUAUAAAAGUAAAAAAAAAAAAUCUUACAGAUUAUGAAAAUAACGAAGAAUUAAUAAAUAAAAUAAAUUAUUAUAAACUUCUUUUAGAAGAAUAUAAAUACUUUUCUUUAAAAAGCAAAAAUAGUACUAACACUCAGUUGAAAGAAAUGAAAAAAUUAUUAUCACAAGAAAAAAAAGAAAAUGAAAUGAUACAAAAAAAAUAUGAAUGUCUUUUAGAUAAAUUUCAAGAUGCUAAAAAAGAUAACACAAUAAAUAGUGAAAUUAAUGAAUCACAUCAAAACUUAAAAAUAAAAGAGCUUUUAAAUGAAAUUAACGAAUUAACGAAAGAAAUAGAAAGGCUGAGAGAAGAUCAAUUAUUACUACAAGAAGACGUAAACAAUAAAAGUAAAAUAAUUUCUCAUCUGAUAAAAAAACAUGCAUUAAAUGAAGAGCAUUUUAGGUUAGAUAAGAGCUUCAGCAUUUUUAAUAACAAAUUAAAUUAUGAAGAAAUGAAAAAAAUAAUGGAGGAAACUUUAAUUGAAAAUAUUAGAUUAAGAACAGAUUUAAUGAUAUUAGCUAAAAGUGUUAAAGAAAAAAAAUCAUGA